UCCAAGAUGGCGGAUGACAUUGCAAAAACAAGUGCGCCUCAAGAAAAAACAUCUUGUACAUUCUUCAAGAAGUCGAAAAACAGAAAAAAUGUACGUAAAAGACAAGCAGAAAACUCUGAUAGCGAUGAUGGGGAAUCAGCAGUCAUUUUGCGCAAGGAAAAAAGAUCGAAUACGUCGAAUCCAAUGAUCCAAAGAACUGAAGGACUCAAAGACAAGAAGGAAAAUAUCCAGGUAGAAUUUGAAUCAACYCGAUCGGCGAUGAGCGCUGGUCCUACUGACCUUGGAGCUACAGCGACGUAUGAAUUAGAUACAGAAUUUGAUAGAGAUGCACAAGCCGUGUAUGCCAAAUCAUUGGAAGUGAAUAAAGAAAUCAAAGAAAAAGAAGCUGAUGAUAAGGUUUACAGAGGCUCUAAUAACUACAUUCAAUACUUUGAAAAGAAAGAUACAGCCCUUGGUAAUGCUGCUAGCGGCAUGGUCAGGCAAGGACCAAUUCGAGCACCAAAYAACCUACGUGCUACAGUCCGCUGGGACUACCAACCAGAUAUCUGCAAAGAUUARAAAGAAACUGGGUUUUGUGGUUUUGGUGAUAGCUGUAAAUUUCUCCAUGAUCGUAGUGACUAUAAACAUGGCUGGCAACUUGACAGAGAGUGGGAACAAGGGAACUUUGAUAAUGAAGAUCCACAUAAGUAUGAAAUCAAUAGCGAUGAUGAGGAAGAAGAACUGCCAUUUGCCUGUAUAAUAUGCCGUAAGACAUUCGUCAACCCUGUGGUUACUAAGUGUAAUCAUUAUUUCUGUGAGAYGUGUGCACUAGAUCGCUACAGAAAGAACUCUAAAUGUUUUGUGUGUAAUACUCAAACAUAUGGRGUAUUUAAUCCUGCCAAGAGUAUUAUCAAGAAAAUGAAAGAAAUGGGAGUCGAAAGGGAAGAGGAUGAAACUGAUGAGGAUGAGGAAGAGAAAGAAGAUACAGAAGAUUAGUUGCUAGGAUACUCAUGUGUACAYUUGAUCUGGAGGUUCUUAAUUCGUUGUGAUUUGAUACCAACCAUACAUGUGUACAAAUAAUUAUCAUAGCACCAGGAUAAUGACAAAGAAAACAAUAACUCUUCAA